GGUUCAGACAUGGACUGUCUGUCUAGACUGUCCCUCUAGUGUCGACCUCAGUCUUCGCUUCGGCGAGAGGGUUGUGUCGCCUCAUGCGGGUAAAUCCUCCCGAAGCCACUCAGCGCCCACUUGUGCAAGUUGCAACCAAGGGACUCAGAUGCCCGGCUAGCCCAACGGGGCAGAGACCGGCGCGACGAGGCAACGACUUUUGCCAAUUUUCACUACCUACCACCAUCUACCUUAAUACCGCAGCAUGUAGCUGCUACUGCACUGCCGGCUUCAAGAAUGACAACAGGUCAAGACUUGCCAUUGCAGCGCAACAACAUUCGCAACAACAGCCAUCAGAUGACGCCCCAGAAGCCCACAAGAGCUCCCCCAUAAGGUUCUCUGCCACAUUAGCUAGUUGUGAUGGAGGCCGCGGACACUGUCCGACAAUCCAAUGCCUUCGCGGCCUGCCUCCACUAUCUUCGCCAACAUCGAGGGGGGCAUCGAUGGAUGUUAUCCUGCACGGGCAACCGCCUGGAUGGGCUCAGUCCGACAUCCCAGCAUGCGACUGAUUACUGAUUUGCUCAGAGCCUCACACGACGUUGCACCAACUCCACCACAGGUCCUUUCUGCUUCUCCAACGUCAGUGCUUUCUUCCCCGACCUUGGCCGCCAACCCACAAAAUCCCCAGGGGGAAUUAUUGGACCU